GAGCAGACCCCGCCCCCUCCGGCGCCCGGCCCCGCCCCGCCAGUCUCCGGGGCCUGCGGCGGCGCCUGGCCGCGGUGCGGGCCUUCUCCCUCGGGCCGGAGCGGCGCGCCCAGGAAAUUCUUCCUAUAUGGAUCAGCCUUCUAGUGAUGGUGAAACUGGAAGAAGACCACUCUAAGCAAACCCAGAAUGAAUCGGGUGCCAGGUGAUGCAGAAAAUGCUCACAGUAGCAGUGUGGAAUCCUGUCCUUCCUUGCGCGAUGUCCACUCCAUCAACCCAGCACAGCUGAUGGCAAGGAUUGAGUCAUAUGAAGGCAGAGAGAAGAAAGGCAUAUCAGAUGUCAGAAGGACUUUCUGUUUGUUUGUUACAUUUGAUCUCUUAUUCAUAACCUUGCUGUGGAUAAUAGAAUUAAAUGUAAAAGGAGGCAUUGAGACUACCUUAGAGAAAGAAGUCCUACAAUAUGACUACUCUUCUUCAUAUUUUGAUAUAUUUCUACUGGCAGUCUUUCGAUUUAAGGUGUUAAUACUUGCAUAUGCAAUGUGCAGACUGCGCCAUUGGUGGGCAAUAGCUUUUACAACAGCAGUGACCAGUGCCUUUUUAUUAGCAAAAGUAAUUAUUUCAAAGCUGUUCUCACAAGGUGCUUUUGGCUACGUGCUGCCCAUCAUAUCCUUCAUACUUGCCUGGAUUGAAACUUGGUUUUUGGACUUUAAAGUGUUACCGCAAGAAGCUGAAGAAGAAAACAGAUUUUUGAUAGCACAGGAUGCUUCUGAACGAGCAGCUCUUCUUCACCCAGGAGUCCUCUCUGAUGGGCAGUUCUACUCUCCUCCUGAAUCUGUAGCAGGAUCUGAUGAAGACUCUGAAGAAAAACAAGACAGUGAAAAACCAGUUGUGUAGCAAAUAUGGAAAAACAGAAAGAAAUCUCUGAGGGAAGUUGUUGGGGUUUGAAAACUGGCUGUGGCUGACUUGCUGGUGGAGCUGCUGACAGGAGAAUUUAUUCAUUAGAAAGCAAAGGGAAUGGUUCCCAUGUACUGUAAUACCUCACAAAGUACCUUGUUGACAUAUGUAUAUUAAGUUGCCUCCCAGGUGGUAUGAAAAUAUUUGUCCACGAUGUAUUUUAUUAUUCAGUGAUUCCUGAAGUUGAUCUUCUAAUGACUAGGUAAUUACUGGGAAGUGUUGUCUUGUGUACCUAAUCAAGAGACUGGUAAUAUAAUGAAGUAAAACUUCUCUAUGGUGGAAGUAUAUUUAAUGAUUGUUGGGACUCACUAGGUAAAAUUAUUUUAUGUUAUUGCAAAUUUGUCAUUAGUUUAAUGUUUACUUUUUUUUAACUCCAUGCAUUUUCUUUUUUAAUGGAUAUGUUCACUUUCUAAAAUAAAAACCUUAAAACAAGGGUAAUGCAUUAUGAUACUUUGUUGCUUUACUGACUGGAAAUCUGCACAUACCACUCCUUUAUUUCUUGUGGGGUAAGGAUUCCAGUUUGCACAGCAUUUGUGCAGGAUGUGUUACAGGGUUGUUUGGCUGCCUGCAGGGAUGCAGUGUUAGCGGUAUUGGAACAUCAUUUCUGUGUUGCAUAUGCGAUAUCAAAAGGAUGCUAGGAGCUUUUUGAAAGAACUUAGUUCCCACUCCUGUACUGGUGGUGGAUGUUCUUCAGGUUCAAGGAGGAAACUGGAGUAAGCGAGCAUUUGCAAACGCUGGUAUUACCCCAGGAGUGAAAGGAAGGUAGUCAAUCGUUCAAUUUAGGUGUGUAAGUAUAAGAUAUGUAUUUUCAGAUACAGAUAUUAAGUGUUAACUGAUACUUGAUCAAAAAAGUUUUAGGUAAUGCACUAAUUCUUACCUAAAGAGGAAUAUAAGUGUUGUUGCUUUCCUUAUAUGGCCAUUAGGUUUUAUUAGCAAUCUGCACAGCAAAUAUUAAGUACCAACGUAUUCUUCAUACAGAUGGACUAUAUUGCUUUGUGAUAUUUCCAUUGCUGUGGAACAGAAGCAUAGCGGUUAGAAGAGAGGAUGGGCUGUGGUCUUAUCUGUUCCAAACACAGCUUUUCCUUGAAGCAGUAGUGACUCUUUCAGUUUACAGGAUUUUUCUACUAAAAGCACAAACCAAAAGUUUGUUUUGUUAUACCAAACAUAAACAUGGCAAAUGUAAGGUAAAGAUUUUGCAAGCCUCUCCUAAACCAGCAUGUUUUUCUCCAGUGGUGCAUGGUUCAGGUUCUCUGUAUAUAGAGUUAAAUGAGAUGCCCCAUUUGCAUACAUGGGUAGUUUGCCAAGGAAAGUUUGCCAGCAAGGUAGCUUGCCUUUGGCACAUCCACAAACAGUUCUAGUUGCUGCUGUGAGAGGUUCUAUCUCCUGGAAAUCUAAAAGGCAUCAGUUAUGGUAUAGAAAGGAGUUAAAACACUCAAUCUGAAAUUUUGUUCACUCCUCUCAAACCUACCUGUAAAUUAUUAUUAUUUAAUUGUUCAUUAAAUUGUUCAUUAAAUUGGA